AUGAAUAUGACUGCUCACGAUGGAUGGGUGGAAUUAGACCCGGAAAGUCAGAGCGAAGAAGAUGGGAGGUAUUUUGUUCUUUCUUGUUCGAAAGAAGUUGAAAACCUACUGGCGAAGGAAACUCAUUUAAAAAAAGUUAUUCUAUAAUUUUUUUCAGAAUUCAUCAAGAGUUUUUCGCCAACAACGAUGGGCAGUUGCCGAUAUCCUUUAGCUGUAAGUUUUUUUUUUUGAAUUCUGCGCACCUUCUACCAUCUUUAAAGUUAUGAUAUGUUCGAAAAUCCUUGAUUUUCUGAUUUAAAGAGCAGGACCUUUCUUAGAAGAUUUUCCUGAUGAAGACCCGUUUUCCCCUUUAUUAUUCAUGGAAAAAUGAAGGCUUGUUCAGACAACAUGAAUCAAAUGGUUGGAGGAAUGAGUUCGCUAGUAGACGAGCCUUCGGAAUUCAAUCCAGAGUUCACUACUUUGCACGAUUUCCCGUCACAAGGUGUCUUUUUUAACUGUUUGGCAAAGAUAAUCUUUUUCAGACAUUCAAGAAUUUUCUGAGUCGAUAGCAGAAAUAUGCUGGGAUGAGGUUAAUGACCAGGGCCAUUCUCCGCUAAACGUAGAACUUUCUGACCCUGACACACAAAACAGCUUGUUUGAUCAAACGGCGGAUUAUCACGACAUAAACGCUACCGAGGUUGUCUGAACAGAAAAGCUCUUUAAAAAAAUUUUCGAGCAGAUUAUUUUUUUAUUUAAUAAGAAAAUGAAAGUAUUUUAGCACUUCCAGCACGAAUCCAUGUGUCCGAACGAGAAUGUCAUCGAUCAGCAGUUUCCUGACUACACCAGUGGCGAUCACUUCUUGGUAAAAAAAAAAUAAUAGUUUCCAAUGUGAAUUCCUGCAAGUUUAGGUCCAUUCAUCAAACAUUAAUUCAUCGGAUAAUCAGUUUCCGCAAUUGCUGGAAGACGUUGGUGUGGCCUCAGUCAAUGUUCAGCACCGGUCUUUUCUUGAACAAGGCGCCGUGCAGUUUCGAAAUCGCGAAGAUGUUCAGCAUUAUCGAAUAGAAAGCCAUGACCCUAUUGAAAGACAGCAUGAUCAGGAGUGAGAUUAUUCGGCACAUUUCAAUCUCUCAAAUAAAAUCAAAGUGUUUCUAGAAACGAGAAGCAGGGUGAAGGCGAUUGUUCACCUUCCCAUAAUGUUUAUGAAACCGAGGGAGUGAUACAAGAACGAGUUGAAAGAAUAAAUGUUGCGGAAAACGCCGAUGGCAUAGAGGAAGCUCAAAACGAUUUGCAAGUGGAUUAUAGACCAACGGCCUGUGUAGCUUGGGCUUCUUUGGGCAGGAUGAUGUGUAAAAACAAAGGUGUGUUUUCAGUUGUUAGGUAUUAAGAGGUGUGUCGAUUUUCAGUUUACCGCUCAAAAGACUGGCUCAGAUUUGCUAGGCUGAAUUUUGUAUUUGAGUUUCUUUGACACAUAUUUUUGCUUCCACGUAUACAGUAAACUCAAAUAAAAAAGAAAAGCUCCUAAUUUGAUCCAUUUUUGAAGCUUUUUUAGCGGUAACCUGCGAUUCAAAAAUAUUCUACCAAAGCUCAAAAAAUCCUCUGAAAAGACUUUUUUUUCAGAUGCACAAAAAAGUUGUUAUGAUAAUAUGCUGGACGAUUCUCUUCUGGACAACAUGGAUGAAUUAGAAGAUUUUUUGGAAGGAGACGUAGAAGAAGAAGUGGUAAUUCGGGAAGAGUGCAACGAAGUUGGCGAGUCAUCAGAAAUGACGGCUUCUGGUACACUAGAACAAUACUCUUACUUUGAUUCGGUUGAAAAUGUCCCACAAAAGUCUCUCGCUUUCGAAAAAAUUUUCAUAAUCUGGUUUUUCAGUUUUCAAGAUGUUGAUAAUACUUACGAAAAUGCCGUUCCCAUGACACCUGCACCUGUUGGAUUCACGCGACAACGUGUUUCGAGUUUUUGCAAGCACAGUUGGUUGAUCAGAUGUUCACAUUGAGAAAAAAAAGCAGUAACAGUGGGUCUGAAGGACGUUUCUCCCGAAAUGGAACCUCAAACUCCUGACGAGCUUCAAAGUGGAGCUGAUCCUGAUGUUAAAACUGCACUCGAUGGCGAGAUGCCAGAAAGUCUAGGUUUUAUUGUAGUAAAUUGCACACUCUAACAUCAAGGGGCGCAGAAAAUGAUGAGAUGGAGCUCAUUGAGAAGAGCGUUACCUCUGCGGAUGACUUAACGCCUCCGCCUUCCUUGGAACGUCAAGUUCCGACAAAAGAAAACGAGACAGCUCCCAGGUUGGCUCUCAUCUUUUUUUUUUUUACCUAAAUGUCACACUCACCUUCAUAGUGUUCAAAUAAACUGUUCCAGACCGAUGACAAAGAUGAGAAGGCACUUAUUGAACAAACGCAAAACGUCCUUCCUGUUCCCACAAUACAGAGCCGUCGAGUCUCCUCUUGCGCCGCGAAAUGUUCAGUGCUUCCCGUACGAUGAUUAUCACUACGACUUUGACCCCACCUACCGUCCACUUAAAUAUAAUGUCAAGGUGUGUUUUGUAACGAUUGAAAAAAAAAAGCAAGAACAAAUUUGUGGAGUUUUCACCGGUGUUUGCAACUCCUGAAUAUAGAAAACUUUUCUAAAAAAUGCCUAAAAUCUACAAAGUUCCUCUUGUUGGCCUUUAAUAUUUGGUUUUUCGACUUCGUGAAAAGUAAUUAUUAAAAGUUUCAAAUAAUACUCCCGAAGACUGAAAAAAGUGAGAACAAAAUAAAUUUAUGUUGAAAAAAUGCUUUUAGUCAUUAAAAGCAAAGAAUGAACCAUGUGAGCCGAAGCCGUGUCAAAACUGCCGAGAAACUGCGUCUGAUAAUUUUCACAAGGUGGACAUGAGCGAUUACAAAGCGUGUGAGCCCAGUGGAAGACAAGUUUGUCUAAAAAAAGGGAGUCGAGUACAAAAAAAAAAUAUUUUUUAGGUCAGAGCUCAUCUGUGCGAUCAGUCGCGUGUUCUGAUUGCCAGAAUUGCAAAUUGGAACCGCGAAUACUCUAACAGGUUUCCAGAAGAGUCUAAAUUCAGAAUUUUUCUAAUGAAGAACAUCAUUUCUAACAUUCAGACUCGGAAUCCGGGCUCAUGGAACGUUGUACUCGAGGCCUGAUGAGCUCACAGCAAUGCAAAUGGGCUUUUGCUCGGCGACCGUCAAACGUUGCAUAGAAAUCAAUGACCAUCUGGCUCUAACCAAGUGCUCGGUCAAAAAUGGAAUCUCCGUAAUUUUUGCUUUGAAAGUUUUGUUCAGAAAAGAUUGAGGGGUCUUCACAAUUGAACUAUGAAUUUUUAUUGUCGUUAUGAUUUAUAGAGAGAAGCGCUAGAUGAUCUGAAAAGCGCUUUCCAAGACGACAUGUACUAUGGAGACGUGGAACUGAAACAUCCGAAUGUCCUGAUCUCUUCGGUCAAAACUUCAAAAACCGAUAAAGUCGAUAAUCAACCGUCUUUCGUCAAACUCACAACGACGAUGUCGGAUGUCGUGGAGAACAAACCCAAAAUCCACGACGAAAGGAUGAUUCCAUCAGAAGAAGUAUUGAAAUCGGCAAAAAAUCAGAAGGAAAUUCACACUGUGAGCGACUGUGAAUCAGUCGUGUCAAUUCCCAGCCGCAGGUUUCAUCAAUUUUUCUGGAUUCACCAAAGUUGAACGAGAUUUUAAGAUCUUCACGACGACACGUGAAGAAACCAAUCUUCGACGUCGAAUACAUUACAUCAGAAUCAGAAAGCGAUGUGGUUGUUGUGAAACAAACGGUGUGCUUUUUAUCUCCUCAGUGGAUCUUCCUUUCUGAAACCCAAACUUUCAAGGGACUAGAAGAUAAUUUUCAUGGACUUAAAAAUUUAUCAGGGUGAACUAGAAAAAUUAUGCCGUUUCAGGUCGGUCGAAAGACGAGUUUGCGAAAACGAGAAUCCAAAAACGGGCCAACUAAAAAGCGCGGUCGUUUCGCAAAACCCGUCCUGAGGAUGAACCCGACGAUUCUCACGACGAGAAGCGGUCCUCUGGUGGAAUGCUCCACGGGAAAUGGCUCAAGCGCGGAGAAGACGGUAGGAAAAACGAAUUAGGAUAAAAUGAACAGAAAAUUCUCAGGAAAAAGUGGCCGGAGAAAAAUGCAGUAAAAGUGCUGUCGAGUUAGAUGGGAAGACGAAAGAGAAUGAAGAAUUGAGUGACCGCAGAGUCUUGUAA